AACAGAAUCUGAGAAACUCACUUCUGAACAGAAGCCCCCCCUCCACCUGUGACACCAUGACCGACUCGUGCUGCUCCCCUUGCUGCCAGCCUACGUGCUGCAGGACCACUUGCUGCAGGACCACCUGCUGCCAGCCCAGCUGCUGCGGGUGCAGUGGUGGCUGUGGACAAGGCGGCUGCGGGUCCAGCUGCUGCGGGUCCAGCUGCUGCCAGCCUUGCUGCUGCCGCCCAACUUGCUGUCAGACCACCUGCUGCAGGACCACCUGCUGCCGGCCCAGCUGCUGUGUGUCCAGCUGCUGCCAGCCCAGCUGCUGUGGGUCCAGUGGCUGUGGACAAACUUGCUGUGGGUCCAGCUGCUGUCAGCCAGCCUGCUGUACCCCUGUGUACUGCAGGAGAACGUGCUACCAGCCCACCUGCUGCUGCGUGCCUGGAUGCCUAGCCCAGGGCUGUGGAUCCAGCUGCUGCUAGCCCGGUUGCCAGCCAAACUGCUGCCGCACCACCUGCUGCAGGACCACCUGCUGCCACC